CAAAAGCAUGUUUUCUGUUUCUUAUGGUUCUAGAUUCUGACGCGGCUCGUCGGGUGUUGUGAAAAAUCCUUAGAUAGUUUUACGUUUAGAUUUUCCGUUUGUGGAUUACUAUCGUAAUUUAUCCUGUGCUAAGGUCUUAAUUAGGGUAUCCAUCAUGACUAUUACUUAUUUGCUACGAAUUCGCCCACCAUUGGGGGUAGCAAAAACAGUUAUAGAGAACGUGAAACGUUCAUUCGCGAGUAAUGCAACUUUUGCCGAACAUCAUAAACUAGAGAACAUUCGAAAUAUCGGCAUAUCGGCUCAUAUUGACAGCGGCAAAACGACGUUGACCGAACGAAUUUUGUUCUACACCGGACGCAUCAAAGAAAUGCAUGAGGUUAAAGGGAAGGAUAACGUUGGAGCGACCAUGGAUUCGAUGGAACUGGAACGGCAACGAGGUAUAACGAUUCAGUCAGCAGCUACAUAUACGACCUGGAAAGACCACAACAUUAACAUAAUUGAUACACCCGGUCAUGUGGAUUUCACGGUUGAGGUCGAGCGAGCGUUGAGAGUGCUGGAUGGGGCUGUUCUGGUCCUGUGUAGUGUAGGAGGCGUCCAGAGUCAAACUUUGACCGUGAAUCGACAAAUGAAAAGAUACAACGUUCCCUGUUUGGCUUUCAUAAACAAACUGGAUCGAACUGGUGCUAAUCCUAAUCGGGUUCUUGGUCAAAUGCGAUCCAAGCUGAACCACAAUGCUGCGUUUAUUCAGCUUCCUAUUGGGUUAGAAAAUAAUUGUCAGGGGAUCGUUGAUUUGGUGAAACAAAAGGCGCUUUACUUCGAAGGACAGCUUGGUCUGACGGUGAGGGAGGAUGAAAUUCCCCAGGAUAUGCGAGUGGAAUGUGAUGAACGACGACAUGAACUUAUUGAGCAUCUUUCUAACGUUGACGAUGCUAUUGGAGAAUUCUUCCUGGAGGAAAAAAUGCCAUCAGAGCGAGACAUUAUGAAUGCCAUACGAAGGACCGCUCUAAAGAGAACAUUUACUCCGGUACUGGUUGGGACGGCACUAAAGAACAAAGGUGUACAGCCAUUGCUAGACGCGGUGGUAAACUAUUUGCCUCAUCCUGGUGAAGUAGAAAACAUUGCUCUUAUUGAGAAGAAAGGUGCAGAACCGCAACAAGUUAUCUUGAAUCCAGCACGAGAUGGAAAGGAUCCGUUUGUAGGUCUGGCGUUCAAGUUAGAAGCAGGUCGAUUUGGCCAGUUAACCUACCUCCGGUGCUAUCAAGGUGUGUUGAGGAAAGGCGACAGCAUAUACAAUGUCCGAUCGGGAAAGAAAGUUCGGUUGGCCCGUUUGGUGCGUCUGCAUUCGAACAACAUGGAAGAUGUGAAUGAAGUGUACGCUGGUGACAUAUUUGCCCUGUUUGGAGUAGAUUGUGCUAGUGGUGACACAUUUGUAACAGAUUCAAAGUUAGAACUUUCUAUGGAAUCCAUAUUCGUUCCUGAUCCCGUAGUUUCAAUGGCAAUUCACCCAACCCAUUCCAAAGACCGGGAUAAUUUCUCUAAAGCGAUUGCACGAUUUACUAAGGAGGAUCCCACAUUCCGAUUCACAUACGAUGCGGAUGUCAAAGAAACUCUAGUGUCCGGUAUGGGCGAACUUCAUCUCGAAAUCUAUUCACAGCGAAUGGAACGUGAGUACAAUUGCCCGGUGGUGCUCGGUAAACCAAAAGUAGCAUUUCGAGAGACCUUAGUUGCUCCGUGUGAGUUUGACUAUCUUCACAAGAAACAGUCCGGUGGUCAAGGUCAGUACGCUAGGGUCACGGGUAUGUUGGAACCGCUACCUCCUCAUUUGAACACAAAUGUCGAAUUCGUUGACGAAACUAUCGGAACCAAUGUUCCGAAACAGUUCAUACCCGGUGUUGAAAAAGGUUUCCGACAAAUGGCCGAAAAAGGUUUGCUCUCGGGUCAUCGAUUGUCUGGCGUCAAGUUUCGUCUGAUAGAUGGUGCGCACCACAUCGUCGAUUCCUCCGAAUUGGCUUUCAUGCUAGCGUCACAGGGAGCAAUCAAGAGCGUAUUUGAGGAGGGUAGCUGGCAGAUUUUGGAACCGAUCAUGAUGGUUGAGGUUACGGCACCGGAUGAGUUCCAGGGCACCGUUAUUGGACAGCUCAAUAAGAGACAUGGAAUCAUUACGGGCACGGAAGGAACGGAAGGUUGGUUCACAAUUCACGCCGAAGUACCUUUGAACGAUAUGUUCGGUUAUGCCGGUGAGUUGCGUUCGAGUACGCAGGGCAAAGGCGAGUUCAGUAUGGAGUACAGUCGGUAUUCGCCUUGCAUGCCUGAGGUACAGGAAAAACUGGUUAGUGAUUAUCAGGCCUCGCAGGGAAUUGUGGUGGAUAAAAAGCAACAAAAGAAAAAAAAUUGAGAUGUUUAUGGACUCAUGCGGGUUGACAACGUGUAUAUAGUUAAAGAAUAUUUAGUUCAUUCUAUGUUCGAAUGUUAUGUCACUGAUUGGUAUGAUAAGAAUAAUUUAAUUGGAAUAUCUACGUUGAUGUUAAUUAUGCCUUUCAUUUAUGAAAUUCGAAAAUUUACAACGAAAAAUCAUACGCAAAUAAGUGCACUUUCAUUUCUUUACUAACUAGACAAUGUGAAUUUUUCAAGUUGAAGUUUUUCUUUGUUUACCUUCUCUUCCGAAUAUUUUGGCACGAUAAGGAAGAUUUUCAUUAAAUUUUUCUUGCUGACUGAAAGUCUUAGAUUUCCGGGGAUAUUUCACGUAAAAAAUUGAAAGGUUCACGUGACAACAGCUGGGUAGUUGAGAGAAGAGAAGGUAAACAAUGCAAAGCAAAAUGUUAUUUGCUGGUGCGACUUUUCGAAAAAUUUAUCGACUUAUGUGGACUAAUUGCAGUUCCCAUUGGUUGUAUGGAUACAUGCAGAUUUGUAAAAUUUACCAUCGUUUGAACAGUAAAUCUAGAUAAAAGUUGAAAUAAAUUAAGAAUGUCUGAAUAAACUCAGUGAUGGUAAAAA